AUGAUGCUUGCAAGCCCCUCAAUGAGCUCGGGCUCACACCACAGAACUCAGCCUGAAGCACAGCGACCGCAGAAUCAAGUCGGGCGUAUUGAUACUGACUCAUUCCAGUGGCCUAUUGGAGGUUCAAAUCCUCUUGCACGAGACAUCCUCCGGGCAAUCGGAGACCAGCCACCAGAUUUAUUUCCUCGCCCACGGUAUAUUCCAGAGGCAAAUGUUGAUAGCGGAUCGCCAGAUGUUGUAGAGUUUGGUCCUAUCGACGCUUCAACCAGGAGAUCAGAGUCGGAGAGCUUGCUGACAAGCAAUAGCCAAGGUCCUACACAAAGAAUCGUACGUGAAAUUGGUAACGUUCGCGCGCAAUUGCAUGCUAACUGCCUGCGCGUCGAACAGCCUUUGCACGCAGUUGGUUUCAACAUCAACGGUCGUCUACCUUGUCAAGCACCAAUACCAGAGUUGCAGCAUUACGAGUCCGAAAAGACGGAACAAGUUUCAAAACCCAUGGCAGACCAAGCACCCUCCACGCUUCCUGGCACCCAACCAGACACGCAACUUUUCAUAGAUCCAAGACGGAAAAAGGGCUCGAAUUCAAUGCUGACUGAACAAGACGAAGCCGAAGUGCUGUGCAUUCUGCUACCAUCUUCAGGUUCAGCUUUGGCAGCUGUAGAUCUGAUUGCGGAAACAUCACCUCAACACAUAUUACAGAAUCACGAUGUCGAUGACCUGCCACCUAUUGAUGAAGAAAUAUCCUAUGAUCCGGACGGGUUUCCGACAACAGACACCACGGCCGACUCAAACGAAGCUGAAACCCUGUCCGAGUCGAGGAUGCGGAGAGAUCGUUUCGUUCGAAGCAGGAAGUCAUCCAAGGAUAUUGCCUUACGAAUGUCUUCGAAGAUCCAUGACGUACGUCUUGGCUUUACAUUCGGACGGAAUCCACACAGGUGUGAUAUGCUCUUGAGUUCUGGUAUCGCCAACAAAAUAAGCAAUUGUCAUUUUCGUAUCUACUUCACAGAACAUGGUGUUCCCAUGGUUGAAGAUACCUCUACAAAUGGCACCCUUGUUGACAAGGUGUUAUUGGGAGGUAAAGAGGAGAGGCGUGCUGCUCACACUUCGAAGCAAGUGCUUAGUAAUGGCACUAUGAUCGAGCUUCCAACAUUACAACAUCGAGACGAGGAAGUAAUUCGCUUCAUCGUUCGCUUUCCUCCGAGAGGCAAUCAAAAGGAUCGCUCAGCGUCAAAUGCAAGUAGCAGCGACCAACAGAGGGGGAUUCCGCCACCACAGAUGCUUCCAUUCAAAGCGUUGACGGACAAUGCGGAGACCACUCCCCACGCGUCCAUAUUGGCCGCUGCUACUGGAGAUCCCAAUCAUCAAAUGGGAUGGGACGACAGCGCCAAGUACAAUCUUGUUGGCCAAAUUGGCAAAGGGGCUUUCGCCAUUGUAUAUAAGGUGUCUGCUAAAGAGACUGGUGAAGUUUACGCGUGUAAAACACUUGAGAAGCGGCGUUUCAUCAAGGACGGUAUUCUGAGUCACAAACUGCACAAUGAGAUUCUGGUGAUGGAAAACCUGGAGCACCCCAACAUCGUCAAGUAUAUUGAGUAUCACGAGAACAAGACUCACAUUUACAUCACGCUGGAAUAUGUGGGAGGCGGUGACCUUAGCAUUUACACCAACAACAAUAAGGCAAUGCCAGAAUACAUGUGUCAGGUCAUGACAAUUCAGAUAAUGAACGCUUUGGAUUAUCUUCAUAAGAAGGGGAUUACUCAUCGCGACAUAAAACCUGACAAUAUCCUGGUCUCAAAGGACGAUCCGUAUGUCUACAAGCUUUCUGACUUUGGACUUUCCAAGAUAGUCCAGAACGACGAGACUUUCUUGAAGUCCUUCUGUGGCACCCUAUUGUAUUGUGCUCCCGAGAUCUACCCAGGGUUUCAAAGAGCGAAGGAAGGCUUGCAUCCGAGUAAAAGAACCCGUUCGGGAGAACCACGUAGAGGAACGAUACCGUACGAACACAAUGUGGACACCUGGUCUGUAGCUGCUGUACUCUUCCACCUACUGUCCGGUCAUUCCCCAUAUACAGGUACAAUAGAGGAUGAUGGAGCUUUGAUGCUCAUGAACAUAAUGAGUGGAGCACCAUGUUGGGAACGUCUCGAUGAAGCGGGAAUAUCAGAACUAGGGAUCGACUUUGUCAAGCGCGCCCUGACAAUAGAUCCUGCUAGAAGGGCUCGAGAAAAGGACCUGCUGGAUCACCCUUGGCUUACCUCUAGAGAUACUUCAAAAGUAUCCGAGCUCGAUGCCGGAUCCGGCAGAGGAUCCGAUGAUUUUGGCGCUUCCCAGCUAAGUCUAGCAGACACAAGGCCUACUGAAGAUCUCGCAGCCGAAGAUGAUGACAUUGAGGAUCCUCGAAGUGCAAAGCGAUCAAGAUAUGCGGAACCUGAGGCGGAGGCUGAUCUUUUCAGAGGCUCCAACCGAUGGAUCGAGGGCUCAUUCGGCGAAUGGAUUGCAAAUGGUGCACCUGAUGAUCAUCGAUCAGUGGAACCGCAAGUGACUCCUGGUCGACAGCAGCCAAACACUCGCCUGUUCGGAGAAAUCGGAUCUUCUGCGCUUCGAAGUUCUGGUGUCCUGGGUACGACUGCUCAGGAUGCCCUUGAUGUACCCACAAACGGAAGCUACGACCCUCAAUCGUACGAUGAGGCCUUUUGGCAACCUCCGUUAGAAGGUGUAAAUGACUUAGCGUCACAGAACAGCCCGUACAAUCAGUCGCCUAACACUGCAAGUUCCGCAAAUCAAAACCCCUUGCAGUAUCCACAACUUCUGCCUAGCGACCCAUUUGCAGGUGCUGCACCUAGCCUUCUAGGUGCAGAACAGCUCGUAGAGGACCUCAACAUGUGCUCCCCCGAGUCCGGUACUUCUGAACCCACGGACAGCAAACCUGUCACUCCAAGCACACCUCAAUUCUUUGAUGGCUCGACGACUAGGGCUAGGGACAGGUCGUCAGGUCCAGUCACCAAAUCGCCAGCAACUGUGACAUCUCAAACCUCGGUGGCAGCUAACGGUCAGCAAAGUGCCACAAACCGCCAGGGCCUAUCAAUUGAUGAAGGAGGCCUUGGAGUCCAUACUCACAACAUUAACACUUCCAAUGAGAACUCACAACCCUUCGAACCCGAACAUUCAGUGAGCUCUGAUUAUGGCUCAUUUUCCGACGGUCAACGUGUAGAGGAAACGCAAAGUAAUACGUCACUCCUUCCGACAGCAUUUAACAGCCAAAGCUCAGCUGAAGGUGAAGCAACCGCGCCAAGUGCGCUUGCGACCACUACAUCCCUUCCUGGACCAGCCUUUCCUGCUGAAACCAAGCCUCCUCAACGGGCGGAAAUCUCGAGCCAAGAGGCAGCCUUCGCUAAGCCGCCCAUGCGUUUCGGCACUCUUUCUCCAACUGUGGGAUCAAUCCCAAGCAAAACCAUCCGAGUGACCUCACGAUGCACCACCUUUGGCCGCGACACUGAUAGAGAUUUUGUCCACCCUAAUCCGAAGGAAGAUCGCGUCCCGAAGCAAGCAAUUUAUAUCCUGCUCUGGUAUCCCACUAUCGAAGAUGAACUUGCCACUGGUAAGUCGGAUUGGCAGUCGCACCCUGAACUAACAGCAAUCAUUUUCACCAAGACGAGUCGAUACCUUAAGAUUAACGGGACUCGCCUCAUGAAAGGUAAUGGAUGCUGGCUGUGGGGUAAGCUCAAGACUGGAGACGUCAUUGAAGUUUUCGGCCCUACAGAAGGCCAGGAUUUCUCCAAAGCGGAACCAAAGCAGAAAGACUACCUCAGGUUCCAUUGCGAGUUCUUUGUCGGUAUGAGCAAGGAGCUGCGUAAAGCUGACGAGCCUUUCAAGGUUCUGAAAGAGGAGAAAAAAUUCAAAGAGCAUGAAGGGAGAAGAUCCAGGGAGGGUAGUGCCGCUAAGUCUCGCGAGGGAAGCGUGGCAGCCGGCAAUUCGCAAUGA